UCCAGAUGCCAAUGGAAUGGGCACCGCGCUGUCAUAUAGUACUUUCGCCGAUGCUCGAGACAGGAGUGAGGUUUGAGGAGGCUCUGAGACCCAGCGGAGGCAGCUGUGACGUGGUCCCGAUAUCACCACCGAACCUCGACUUGGAAUAACCCAGCUGCGUGUUUGCACCUUUCCCCGUGCGCGACGCGUAACGCACGGGAACAAUGGGAUUGGUCAGAGGUUGCAAUGAGGACGCCAAAUGCCAUGCCGCACACAUGUCCUCCCUAACAUACGAAUCUAGGCUCAACGCAGGUUAUUGAUUAUGCUUGCGGUGUUUCGGCGUCUGACCGGGUGCCAGACAUUUCAGCAGCAGCAGAGUCCAGCGAGGUGGAUGCUGCGCGGAGACGCGCCCCCUGAAUCCCUAAACUGAAUCUCGCAGACGGUGUGAUCGUUCGAGCGCGUGUGCAUAUGUGUGUGCGCGAGUGGGGGCGAGAGUGAAAGUGUGUGUGCUAGCACUUCCACAUGGCCUCCAUGCAGGACGGGGUGAACUUCUCAACUCAUCCCUACAGCAAAGUACUGCUGCUGGGGGCCAUCGCAGCAGCCUCGGCCUUCGUCGUCACCAUCCUCAUCGUCGUGUUGUGCGUCGGUUGCCAGAGGAAAGGAAAGACGCACAAUGGCACUGGAGAGGAGAGGAAACACAGACUCAUGGACAUGAGUAUACUGAAGCAGUCCAAGCUGCGAUCCAUCAGUAAGUCAGACACCAAGCUUCAUGAGAUGAACAGACUCAACUGUAAUGGCAAGAAAUCUUCGAAGAAGAAUCGCCCCGCCAGCAUGGAUCUGCUUCUACUCCCCAGCCGUCGCUCAAACUCAGACCUGCGUGCUCAGGGCCGCCAGCUGCCUCAAAUCCCCGCCGGUGAAGAUGGGGAACACACAUACGCUGAGGUGGGCCGUCGUUCCUCUCCAACACGCGGUUCUGAGGACGCCCGCUACGGCGUCGGCGGUCGAGCUGGAGAGACGGACACACCCGCCCCACCUGCUGUCCCUGCCAACACCCCGGCUCCUCCUGAUCCUGAUGGAGACUGCUUAGAGGGUGGGAUUCCAGAGGCAGAGACCCUCCCCCAGGUGGUAAACACGCCCCCUCAACCCCAGGACACGGUGGAGUACGCCUGCAUCAGGAAGGUCCGGAGAGUGGACAAAGCAGCGCAGAAGAGGGACAACGGGACGGACACAGAGGAGGGACUUGGACAACAACGACACAGCAGUGGGGACAUUCGACACGCCCCUCCCACUCACCAAGCCCCGCCUCCUAUGCACCCACACAGUCAGAAAAUGCCUAGGAAAAAUUUGGAGACCUUCAACCUUCCCACAUUCCCUAAGGAGGCAGUGUUUAUGGGAAACGGAGAGCAGUACAUAUGGAAACCUCCGGAAGACGAUGACUUCAUCUUCCAGCACAAGCAGAUGGGUAUGCUGAGCUUGCACGCUGGAGAGAGUAUGGCAGCAUCUGCAGCAGGGAUCACAGAAAUGUAUUCCAAGGUCUGCAAAACAGGCAAGAAGAAGCGAGCCAUGCCCGGCUCACCCACAGCCGCAAGGGACAUCAGCGGCUUUAGGACCUUGGCACGAGGUGACCGCGGCGACCGUGACGGGGGUUUUAGUGUUGUAGUCAAACCCCAAACGUGGGCCCCGCAGGAGGGCAAAGGCUCGCGAGUUCCCCCUGGCUGCAUGGAGGACCAUUGCUAUGAAGCCAUCAGCACAGAGGAAACAGACCUGGCUUACGAUACCAUGGAGGGUGGAGGCGGCUGGAGGGGAGGCCACAGGCCUCCACCCAACGCCAGCGCUACCUUGCGGCCCAAAAGGAAGAGGCCCCAGCAGCCCCUGCAGCAACCGCCUCCUCCCCCUCCACCUCCCCUGCAGAACCCCAAAAUUCAGCAUCUCUCAGCCAAAGGCCUGGUGCUUCCUGGGGAGAGUCUGUAUGAGAGCAUCCCCGACCUGAAGCAGAGCUCAGCCACCUCCAGCACAACCACCAUCUUUACUUUUAAUGAUGGCAUGGAGAUGUACGUCACUGGCCUGUAGGGGGAGCUAUGGAAACUUUUUCUUAGAGAACAACUUGAAUCUUGAAAGGAGACGGCAAUGUGCCGUAACCCAAUGGGAUACACACGUUGCCCCGCUGCUGUGUAUUUUACAUGGGUUCCAAGUGUUCACUGAGCAUUUAUUGAGAUUUGUAAGCCUAGUUCAAGAUCAGUAUUCUUGCGGCACAAAAUGCUUUGACGUUGAAAAAUAUUACCGAGUUCAUCGCACACCUCCAUUGCAAAGAAGAAAAUAGUCACCAGUGCCCUUCACCAGCCACGACAUAUCACCGCGAACAUAACAUAUCACAACAGACAGUAGCAUCACUUGGAUUCCUUCUCUAUAUGGAAUCCUUGUUUUUUUUUCUUAUUUACACGCUGUGGUUUUUGACCAUCGGAAUUGCGGGUCAAAGCUAUAUUAGAUGCCUAGAAAAUCCCAAAGGAGAAAGUGAGCACAAGUCUAUUACAAAAAAAAGCACAGAGUUUAAUAGCAUCCUUGCAGCCCCUGGCAAGAAAAAAAUAUAUUUUGAUUAGAUACAGUCAAAUGCAAAAGCAUCGUCCCCUAUUUAACAGUUUAACUUACUGAACUAAACCUUAUUAUACAGCCAAACGAACAAUUAUUGCAAAGCUAAUGGUGACGUAUUGACAAGAAAUCUAUAUUUAAUCUGUUCAUAGAAGAGUUGAUCCUAUUUUAUAAUGGCUAAAAGCUAUCUAUUAUCUAAAAGAUUUAGAAAAUACAUGGUCCUAUUUUUGUAACGUAAACGUCUUUAUUUCUGUAAAAUUUAUAAUUUAAACAAAUAUUCUAAUUCGUUGGGUCAUACAGUUGGAAUUAUUUUUCUUAUUAAGCACAAAUAUCCCUCAGCAUGUCGUCUGUCAAAGUCAGUCCCCUUAUAAAAAUUGGACAGAUUUGAAAAAUACUUUAAAAAUCUAUUAAACGGAUAGCUCCCCAAAAUAAAUAAUUGUCAUAAUUUAUUCACCCACAUGUCAUUCAAAAGCUCUAUGUAACUCUUUUCUUCUGUGGAACACAAAAGAAGAUAUUUUGAGUGGUCCAUAUAAUGGAAGUCAAUGGGGCCAAUGUAUUUUGGAGACCAACGUUCUUCAGAAUAUCGUCUUUUGUGUUCUCCAGAACAAGAAAGUCAUGUUUGAAAUGACAUAAGGGUGAAUGACAGAAUUGUCAUUUUCGUGCGAAAAUAAAGAGAUGGUUAACUGUGAUUGCCAAUAAAGCAAGAUUUAGAAUUAGCAACAGCUCAGGGACAGUGACAAAAACAUGAAAUAAUUGCACACAAAAAGACAUUACAUAUCUGACAGGAGACCCCGAUGUCUUUUCAUGUUAUUUAAUUUAUUUGUCGUUUUGACAUAACAUCACUGUCACAAGUCACCACAGCACUUCGACCACAGUAAAGUGAGUGUUUUUCUUUAUCAGAAAUGUUUAUGCACUUUGCCUGAUUAAAAAGAUGCAUGCUUUCAAGAAAAAAACACCCUUGUAAAGGGAAAAAAGAAAAGAAACGUGACAAACUAGCACUGUCGUGUGGUAUCGGAGAAUGGUACGGUUUAUUUCUUGCUGUUGUCGGUGGUUUGUUUGCUUUAUACGCCUUUUUCAUCUGAGAAAAAGCACAGAGAGAUUUGCUUCAGUACUGGGGAGACCAAUGAGGACUCGAGGAGGACUCUCUAAAUAAUAGACUGAUGGUAAGAAAUAUAACACGUAGUGUGUCAUGGAUGAUUCCUUUCCCCUCUGUCAUUUCAGAAGCAGUCAGGAGGUCCGUGUGUGUAACACUCAUUCUUUAAAAAAAAGAGGGUGCGUGUGGAUUCCAAUAAGAUUAAGUGGAAUCACAAUCCAUUUGAUUCUUGAGAUAAACUCCUGUGUUAUAUAGAUAUAAUGGGAGAUUUGUAAAAUGGUAUGAAGACUCAGCAAUUUGAAUUAGUGUAACUGGAGUGUAUUGGGGUUUCAACAGUGGACUAUGUCAAAUUCUGUGAUCUCUGACACUUCUGUAUGGACUAUAGCUGCUUUAUCAGUGUCUUGAAUCUGAUACUAAUGUGAUCUGGAAUAAAUUAUCUAAAUGCCUGGAGCGCACAGAAAGGGGCUCAGGUCGACCAAAUACAGUAUAGUCAAACAUUUAUAGUUGUAAAUAUGUUACAAACAUGUGAACAAAAGAAAAUGCAGAAAGGGGUGGGGGGAUUUGCUCUUGGUGUUCCUGAAAGUAUUUGUUUUUUCAAGUUGUCCUUUUUGGAAUGAUUUUUCUCCGGUGACAAAUUAUCUCAGCAGUAUCUCUGUGAGUUUUGAUUAUGUGCUUUGGGAUUUUUUUAAACUUUCACAUCAUUUUAGCUAUACUGUGUAUCUCAAAGACCAGUUGAGUUUAGUGUGGCAGCUAAUGUUGUGCGUUUGCUUAUCAAACAACAGGGUGGUGUGUAUUAAAGCUGUGUAAUUAAGUACUAAUGUGCAAAAGAUUGUAAUGUUUUUAUAUCAAAAUGACAAUUCAUAAAAUGUUGGGUCAAGUUUAUACUUUUUUAAUAAAGUAGCACUUCAAAAACCCCAAACUAUAUAGCAUUUACAUACUG